AGCGCUGGGCUAGCGGGUCGUGCUAGCCGGAUGGGUAACGUCUCCACUGCGGUCAAGCACUGUCUGAGCUAUGAGACUUUCCUGCGGGAUCAUCCCUGGUUGCCACGGCUCCUGUGGGAAGAGAAGUGUUCAGAACUGCCUAAGCUUCCACUUCAUGUCAAAAUUGUGGAGGUUGGACCAAGAGAUGGGCUUCAAAAUGAGAAGGAAAUAGUGCCGACAGAAGUCAAAAUCCAGCUGAUAGACAUGCUCUCUCAGACCGGUCUGCCUGUCAUCGAAGCCACUAGCUUUGUGUCUUCAAAGUGGGUUGCUCAGAUGGCAGACCACAGUGCAGUGUUGAAAGGGAUUAAAAGGUCUCCUGACGUAAGAUACCCGGUUCUGACUCCCAAUAUUCAGGGCUUCCAGGCAGCUGUUGCAGCAGGAGCUACUGAAGUGGCAGUGUUUGGUUCUGCCUCGGAGACUUUUAGCUGGAAGAACAUCAACUGCUCUAUAGAGGAGAGUCUGCAGAGGUUCGAGCAGGUCAUCUCCGCAGCCAAACACGAAGGCAUUCCAGUGCGCGGGUACGUUUCCUGUGCUCUCGGCUGUCCGUAUGAGGGACAAGUAAAUCCGUCACAAGUCACAAAGGUGGCAAAGCGGUUGUUUGAGCUGGGCUGUUAUGAGGUAUCCCUGGGGGACACCAUUGGCGUAGGAACCGCGGGCUCCAUGGCCAAGAUGCUGAGCGAUGUGUUGACAGAGGUGCCCGUCGACGCACUGGCGGUGCACUGCCACGACACUUACGGUCAAGCGCUGCCCAACAUUCUCAUUGCUUUGCAGAUGGGGGUUUCUGUGGUCGACUCCUCGGUCGCCGGCCUCGGAGGAUGCCCGUAUGCCAAGGGAGCGUCUGGCAAUGUUUCUACAGAGGAUGUUUUAUAUAUGCUACAUGGUCUUGGAAUUGAAACCGGGGUGGACCUGUUGAAGGUGAUGGAAGCAGGAGAUUUCAUCUGCCGAGCCUUAAAGCGAACCAGUAACUCCAAGGUCAGCCAAGCUGCUAUAAACAUCUAGCCUCUUUAUUCUGAGGAAAAAUACGUACAGUGAAGCCCAAACGUCUAAGACCAUAUUGAACAA